AUGAAAAAAUUUAUUUUACUAUUAUUUAUUUUAAUUAUAAAGGUAAGGCAUAUGACUGUAUUCUCUAUAAAAAGGAAUAGAAAUAUAUUAAUAAAAAUGAUGUUGAAUUAUGAUAAGAAAAGAAAAAGUGAUAGAAUAUAUUUUAUAAAUAGUUAUAAUGAAUUUAAAAGAAAAGAUAAAGUAACAAGAAAAAAAAAAUACACAACAUUACAUGGGAGAGAUCACAGAAAUCCUUAUUUAGCAUAUGAAUAUGUAAAUAAAAUAAUUGAAAAUAAAAAAUAUGAAGUAAGUAAAUUAUUAGAAGAAAAUUGUGAUGAAAAUAAUCCUUUGCAAAUACGAAUGAAAUAUUUACAACAUACAAUGAAUAAUAAAUUAACAGAAAAUUUAAAAAGAGUUAACUCUGAUGAGAAACAUAGAUUAUCAUUAAUAGCAGAUAUAAAAAGAAAAGUUUUUUGUAGUUCUAAUUGGAAAAAAGGAGAUAAUAAUUUAAUGGAUGGGAUGGGAAAAAAUGAAAAGAAAGAACAUAAUUUUUCACAAAAUCCAAAUUUUGUAUAUCAAAAUAGUUUCCUAAAUUUAGCAGAUCCAGGUAAUGUUAGUUUAUUGUUACAUCAAAUUGGUUUUGAUGUAUUAAUAGUUAAUACUGAUAAUUUAUCAACUGAUGGAAUGCUAAAUGAUUUAAGUGAAGUAAUAAAAAGUACUAGAACAUUACCCAGAAAAGUUAGACCAGCAAUAGUUGUUGAUGAUGUGAUAAUUCAUCCUAUUCAAAUUGCACUGGCUGUUGAAAAUAAAGCUGAUGGAGUAAUUUUAAAUUUAUCAUAUUUAAAAAAUGAUCUUGAAGAUAUGUUAAAUUAUUGUGUUAAUUUAGGAACACAAGCAAUUGUAGAAGUGCAUGAUUACAAUGACAUUUAUUUUGCUACAAAAUGUGGUAGUUAUAUAAUUAUGAUUAAUGAAUUUGAUUUUUUAAAUAAUCAAUAUGAAUAUAAUCAUGCAGUAAAAGCUAUAAAUUAUACUAUACCUGAAAUAAUUACUAUAGCGAAAAUUAACAUAAGUGAUAUAAAUUAUGUAGAAAAAUUAGGAAGUUUAGGAUAUGAUAGUAUUUGUUUAGAAAAAAAACUAAUCGAUGAUGACUUAGAAAAUUUUGUUCAUUUGUGUAAGAGUUGGAAUGCACCUCACAAAACAUUAUUAUAUUUAAAUAGAAAUAGUUACUUAAAGGAAUUUCUCACUUAUAAAAAUGAAUCAGAAGAAAAACAUAAAGAAAUUACUGACAAUUUAAAAAAUAUUUAUGACGAUAAAAAUAUAGGUAAUAAAUAUUCAGAGAAACUUUUAAAAAAUUAUGAAAGAGAUUACAUUGAUAUCGAAGAUGAAAAAAAAGAAGAAAAAAAAGAAGAAAAAAAAGAAGAAAAAAAAGAUGAAAAAAAAGAUGAAAAAAAAGAUGAAAUUAUAAAUAAAAGGAAAGAUGAAAGCACAAAAGAUAAUUUACUAACUAAAGAAGAAAAUCAUAUUAUUAAAAAUUUUAAGGAAGAAAAAAAAAAAGAAUUAAUUCUAUUAAAUGAAAUGAAAAAUAUUAUAAAAGAGGUAGAUGAACAAUGUAAAAAUUAUGAAGCAUAUUCAGAUUAUGAAAAUAAAGAAAAAGAAGAAAAAUUAGAAUCUCUUUUAGAAAAUUUUACAAAAUUAGAUAAGAAUUAUUUAAGGGGAUUUUUUUCAGAUGAAGAAAUUAAAAAUAUAGAGGGAACUAUUAAACAAACUCUAUUACAGAAAAAAAAUAUAGAACAAGGAAAUUUUCACUUUAAUGAAAAAAAUUUAACUAAUGACAUUACUAAUAUUGAAAAUUAUCAAAAUGAAGAUAUAGAUAUUCAUAAAUUAACAAAGGAAUUUUUUGAUAACAAAAAUUCAGAAAAUAACGAUACAAUUGAUAAUUCUUCAAACGAUUUAUUAGAUGAUUCUAGGGGAUUAAGUUCUCAAUAA